AUGUCUUCAUUCUUCCGCCGCGAGUUAUUAUACGCAGCUAUUGUCUGCCUUACUCCUCUUGGUUUCGGUUACCUCAUUGGUUAUCCAUCUCCAGCUGCACAAAAAUUCCGUCUGGCUUGGGGAUCUGAUUUCCCAGAAAAAAAACUGGAAUCUCUUUGUCGCAAUUAG